UGCGUAGUGUGAGUCAGAUAUGUAUAACUAUGCAUUUGGCCUGAUUAGUGCUUGAAAACAAGCUAUCAGAUAACACUGUUUGACAGCUACAUAGUUGUAAAUUAUGUCCACUGAGAUGGAAGUUGAGAAACAUGGGACUUCAGAAAUACAAAGCAGAAGCCAAAGUUGGAGCAUGGAAGAAGUAUAUGUGAGUGCAACCGAUGGUAGCCAAAGAAUCAGUCGUGCGGAGGAAGAGGAUGACGAUGCACUAAAACGGGCAGUGUUAGAGAAACUACCCACUUUUGAGCGUUUACGAACGGCUUUCUGGGUGUCUUAUGAUAUUGAAAACCAACAAAGGCAUGUGCAUAAACAAGUUAAUGUCAGAGAUCUUGGUGCAAAUGUUCAACAAGAUAUUAUCGAGACAAUGUUUAAGGUUGCUGAAGUAGAUAAUGGAAGGAUCUUGAGGAAGAUAAGAGACAGAUUUGACAGGAUUGGUGUUACUCUUCCAACAAUCGAAGUUCGAUUUGAGAAUUUAACAGUGAAAACUACCUGCUAUGUAGGUAAUAGAGCUAUACCGACUCUUACAAACACAGCCCGCAACCUUGCUGACAUGGCUCUGGGUUUUCUUGGUAUUGGACUAUCCAAGAAAAGAAAACUUACGAUUCUUAGUGAUGUUUCAGGGAUGAUCAAGCCUUCAAGGAUGACCCUUUUACUAGGCCCGCCAUCCUCCGGAAAGACAACAUUAUUGAUGGCUUUGGCAGGACGGUUAGACCAAGGCUUAAAUGUUGAAGGAAAAGUGACGUACAACGGGCUUACACUUGAAGAAUUUGUUCCACAGAGGACAUCUUCAUAUAUCAGCCAAAAUGAUGUUCAUGUAGGAGAAAUGACGGUCAAAGAAACUCUUGAUUUUUCAGCUAGGUGUCAUGGAGUUGGAUCCAGAUAUGAGUUGCUGGCUGAGAUUGAUAGAAGAGAGAAAGAGGCUGGGAUAUUUCCAGAAGGAGAUGUUGACCUCUUCAUGAAGGCUAACGCAAUUGAAGGUGUUGAGAACAAUAUAAUUUCUGACUAUAUUAUCAAGAUAUUGGGACUUGAGAUAUGUCGGGACACCGUUGUUGGAAACCAGAUGAUAAGAGGAAUAUCUGGAGGACAAAAAAAGCGACUAACAACAGGUGAGAUGAUGGUUGGAUCAACAAGGGCACUAUUUAUGGAUGAGAUAUCAUCAGGCUUAGAUACUUCAACAACAUUUCAAAUAGUCAAAUGUCUGCAACAGAUAGCACACUUGACAGAAACCACCAUCCUCAUGUCCCUCCUCCAGCCUUCUCCAGAGACUUUUAAUCUGUUUGAUGACAUCAUCCUUUUAUCACAAGGCCAGGUUGUAUAUCAAGGCCCAAUAGAGCAUAUUGCUAACUUCUUUCAGAGUUUGGGAUUCGUUUGUCCAGAGAGAAAAGGAAUUGCGGAUUUCUUACAAGAGGUAAUCUCUCAGAAGGACCAAGAACAAUAUUGGGCCGAUAAAAGCAAGCCGUACACCUAUGUUGCAGUCUCUCAAUUUUCAGAGCAUUUCAAGCAAUUUCACAUUGGCGAACAGCUACAGAACGAGCUGCUUGUGCCAUACAAGCAAACUGAAAGUAAAAAAUCAGCACUAGUCUUCAAAAAGUACACAGUCACUAAAAGAGAGCUCUUUAAGGCAUGUUUUGAUAAAGAAUGGUUACUUGUUAAAAGAAGUGCUGUAGUAUAUAUAGCCAAAACUCUUCAAAUCAGCUUUGUGGCAAUUAUUGGUGCAACAAUGUUCUUGAGGACUAGAAUGUAUUCAAGAAAUGAAGAAGAUGGUGGUGUUUAUGUUGGAGCCAUCUUGUUUGCACUCAUUACUAAUAUGUUCAAUGGGUUUCCUGAACUUCCAAUGACCAUAGAGAGGCUUCCUGUGCUAUACAAACACAGGGAACUCCUUUUUCAUCCAACAUGGGCGUUUACGAUUCCAACUAUCCUGCUACGUAUCCCUAUAUCAUUGGUAGAGUCUACUGUUUGGACAGUAAUGACCUACUAUGUCAUUGGUUUCGCCCCUGAGCCUAGCAGGUUUUUUAAGCACUUCCUGUUAAUGUUUCUGAUUCAACAAAUGGCGUCAGGAUUAUUCAGGUUAAAUGCUGCAGUUUGUAGAACAAUGACAAUAGCCAACACUGCCGGAACACUCGUUCUUGAGUCAUGUUUCCUUCUGGGUGGUAUUGUCCUUCCUAAAGGGCGAAUUCCAGACUGGUGGCAGUGGGCCUAUUGGGUUUCACCUUUAAGCUACGGUUUCAAUGCCUUAACAACAAAUGAACUAUUAGCUCCAAGGUGGAUGAACAAACUGGGGUCUGACAACAGUACCACACUAGGUGUAGCGAUUUUACAGAACUUUGGAGUGACCCCUGACAGAAACUGGUUCUGGAUAGGAGCAACUGCUCUUCUUGGUCUAGCGGUCCUUUUCAACGUUCUCUUCACUUUAGCUCUUGCAUAUUUAGAUGCUCCUGGAAAGCCACAAGCAACUAUACAUGAUGAUGAAGCUAAUGUAAUGGAAGUUGAUCAUGUUGUUGAAGCAAAAAACUCGAGGGAAAUGAUGAUCCAGAAAACCCAUAAUAUAAAUGAAGAUUCAGGUGUUGCGGGUGCUGCUCCCAAAAGAGGGAUGAUUCUUCCAUUCACUCCACUCUCUAUGUCAUUUGACAACAUAAACUACUAUGUUGACAUGCCCCUAGCAAUGAAAGAAGAAAGUACGACAAAAGACAACAAGCUACAGUUACUUACAGAGGUAAGUGGUGCAUUUAGGCCAGGUGUCCUCACUGCAUUGAUGGGAAUUAGUGGAGCCGGGAAAACAACUUUGAUGGAUGUCUUAUCAGGAAGAAAGACUGGCGGCUACAUAGAAGGCGAUAUCAGAAUCUCAGGAUUUCCAAAAGUUCAACACACUUUCACUAGGAUUUCUGGAUACUGUGAACAAAAUGAUAUCCACUCACCACAAGUCACUGUCUAUGAAUCUCUCCUUUUUUCAGCUUUCCUUCGACUCCCUAAAGAUAUCAAUAGAGAUGAAAAGAUGCUUUUUGUGGAGGAGGUGAUGGAAUUGGUUGAACUGACAAAUCUGAAGGACAUGAUUGUAGGGAUUCCAGGUAUUAGUGGUUUGUCAACUCAACAAAGAAAGAGACUGACGAUUGCAGUAGAGCUCGUUGCUAAUCCGUCAAUCAUAUUUAUGGAUGAACCAACAACUGGACUUGAUGCAAGAGCAGCAGCAAUUGUUAUGAGAACAGUGAGAAACACAGUGGACACAGGAAGAACCGUUGUUUGCACCAUCCAUCAACCUGGAGUUGAUAUUUUUGAAGCCUUUGAUGAGCUACUGCUAAUGAAAACAGGAGGACAAGUAAUCUACUCCGGGCCAUUGGGCCUAAAGUCAACCAAACUUAUUGAGUAUCUUGAGGGAAUUCAUGGGGUCCCAAAAAUAGUAGAGCAACAAAAUCCCGCAACAUGGUUGCUUGAAGUCACCUCAGUUGCUGCCGAAAAGAGGCUUGGGAUCGAUUUUGCACAGCAUUAUAAGUCGUCAACCCUUUAUGAAAGAAAUAUUGCUCUUGUGAAAGAAUUAAGCAUACCUCCUUCAGGAGCAAAACAACUUUUCUACACAACUCAAUAUGCCCAGUCCAUGUGGAGCCAAUUUAAGUCUUGUAUACAAAAACAAUGGCACAGUUAUUGGAGAACUCCUGAAUAUAACCUUGUUAGAUUCUGCUUCACCCUUGUCACAGCACUCUUGGUUGGAACUAUAUUCUGGAAGGUUGGUAGUAAAAGGGACAGCAGCACUGACCUGACAAUGAUUUUUGGGGGUCUGUAUGGCGCUGUAUUGUUUGCUGGAAUCAACAAUGGCACCACGGUAGUUCCCGUAGUAGCCUUUGAACGAACUGUAUUUUAUCGGGAGAGAGCUGCAGGGAUGUACUCAGCGUUACCAUAUGCCAUGGCACAGGUAAUUGUGGAAAUACCUUAUGUGUUUUUCCAAACUACAUACUACACUGUUAUCAUAUACACCAUGGUGAGCUUCGAAUGGACAGCAGUUAAAUACUUCUGGUUUUUCUUCAUGCACUUCUUAACCUUCUUAUACUUCACAUACAAUGGGCUAAUGGCUGUUUCACUUGCACCUAAUGACCAACUUGCAUCUAUCCUUACAUCUGCUUUCUAUUCCCUAUUCAAUCUCUUCUCCGGCUUCUUCAUCCCCAGACCGAAAAUUCCAAAGUGGUGGGUAUGGUGUUAUUGGAUAGACCCACUAGCAUGGACCUUUCAAGGAUUGAUUGCUUCACAAUAUGGUGAUGUAAAGGAGACGAUUAAAGUCCCUGGAAUGUCAUAUGACCCAACAAUCAAAUGGUAUGUUGAAACCCAUUUUGGAUAUGAAGACGGAUAUUUGGGACUAGUGACUGCAGUUUUAGUUAGUUUCACAGUGUUCUUUGCAGUUAUGUAUGCAUACUGCUUGAACAAAUUGAACUUCCAGACAAGAUAAGAUAGACAAAAAAUUAUGUAUGAUAAUAAUUUGUCUGCAUAUAUUUGUGGAUGGUUUGUACACAUAUGCUCCUUGUAACUACCCUUUAAUAUGAAAUUACUUGUUAUGUCAGCA